AUGGAUGGGUUGUUAAUCAACACCGAAGACAUCUAUACUAUAGUAACCAAUGAAGUGUUGGCUGAAUAUGGGAAAGGAACUUUGACUUGGGACCUCAAAAUCCAGCUCCAGGGCCUUCCAGGAGCACAAGCUGCCCGCAAGGUUUUGGAUUACUUCCAACUACCAUUGACAAUGGAAGAAUUUGAGAGUAAAGUUAUUGAGCUUCAGUACAAAAAAUGGCCCACAUGUACUUUUUUGCCAGGAGCCUUGGAACUUAUUCAAUACUUGCACACUAAAAAAAUUCCCAUUGCCCUAUGUACCUCGUCCGCCAAACACAAGUUUCAGGGUAAAACCGAUCAUUUGAGGCAUGGCUUCGACCUCUUCGACGUUAUCAUAACAGGCGAUGACCCACGUAUUCCUCAAGGGAGAGGUAAGCCAUUUCCAGAUAUUUGGCAGCUAGGCCUAAAGGAAUUGAAUGCCAAGCUCGAAGCCAGUAUUCACCCCACGGAAUGCAUAAUAUUUGAAGAUGGUCUUCCUGGCGUUACAUCUGCCAAAGCCGCUGGUGCAUACGUUAUUUGGAUACCACACCCAGAGGCUCUUGAGUUUCUGGGGAAUACCGAUGCUGUUUUAGAUGGCAAAGGUGAGCUGCUAGGGUCCCUAACGCAUUUUGAUAAGGAGAAAUUUGGAAUAUGA